GUGACUCCCCCCACCUUCGGUGGCAGAAGCCGGAAGCUGGCAGGGUCCGGAGUGACGUCACGCCCGGGUUGUGUGGCUGUCCGCUGGGGAUCCAUGGACUGGGCGACCGCAGGAGUUGAUUGGCGAAUGAGGAGCAGGCUGCGGCCAGAGAGCAGAUGUAACAGUAGAUUCCUCCUAAGAUAUCGUAUUCUAUCAAUGUAUCCGGGUCUGUAGCACAGACACCAAUGUGACUGGAUCAACAGCAAUUCAAGAUGAGCCAAGACAAGGGACAAUAUGACUUUUAUAUUGGGCUCAUAUUGGCGAUCAGUUCCAGUUUUUUCAUUGGAGGAAGCUUCAUAUUAAAAAAGAAAGGACUUCUUCGGCUGGCUAGAAAGGGCUCUAUGAGAGCAGGCCAAGGAGGUCAUGCUUACCUUAAAGAAUGGCUGUGGUGGGCUGGACUUCUCUCAAUGGGAGCUGGAGAAGUUGCAAACUUUGCAGCAUACGCUUUUGCACCAGCUACCCUUGUGACACCCUUGGGAGCUUUGAGUGUACUAGUCAGUGCCAUCCUGUCAUCAUACUUCCUAAAUGAGAAGUUAAAUCUUCAUGGGAAGAUUGGAUGUUUGCUGAGCAUAUUGGGAUCAACUGUGAUGGUCAUCCAUGCCCCCCAAGAAGAGGAGAUUCGGAGUUUAAGUGAAAUGUCUGUCAAAUUAGCAGACCCAGGGUUUAUACUUUUUGCAACAGCAGUCGUCAUUGUAUCGCUGAUCCUUAUUUUUGUGGUGGGACCAAGUCACGGCCAAUCCAAUCUUUUGGUGUAUAUUUCCAUCUGCUCUGUCAUUGGGGCCCUUUCCGUCUCCUGUGUCAAAGGAUUAGGAAUUGCUAUUAAGGGACUCUUUGCUGGAGAGCCUGUCCUGAGAAAUCCCUUGGCCUGGAUCCUAUUGAUUAGCCUUAUAGCUUGUGUAAGCACUCAGAUAAACUAUUUAAACCGAGCACUGGAUAUAUUUAACACGUCCUUAGUGACUCCAAUAUACUAUGUGUUCUUUACCACCUCAGUGCUUACAUGCUCUGCCAUUCUGUUCAAAGAAUGGCAACAUAUGUCUGUUAAGGACAUGAUUGGGACCUUCAGUGGCUUCUUAACCAUUAUUAUCGGCAUCUUUUUAUUGCAUGCCUUCAAAGAUGUUUCUUUCACCUUGACCAGCCUUCCGGUUUCCCUGAGAAAAGAUGAACGAAUCAUAAAUGGGAAUCUACCCAACAACAUCUAUGAACACCUUAAUGGGAAUGAGGAGACCUCUCUUCUCUGUGAAAAUGAGAUCCAGAUAAAUGAGAAGACCACUUCUCGCCGCAGUGGGAAUUUGGCAUCCUUUUAAACUGAAAUGUUGUUUUCUCCGUUGCUGGAAAACCUCAUACACCAUGCUAAUCUCAUAUGAAGGGCAACUUCAAGUUUUGAU